AGGCAGAGAGGAAGGAUGGGAGGGGGGGCUCUGCUCAGAGGAGAACUGAAAGUACUACACGAGUUUAGGGUUUUCCAGUGUAGUGAACACAGCCGCAUUUUCUCAGAUGCUUUUACUGCUUCAUCACGCUCUGAUCUGUGUGCGGUUCAUGUUUCCUGCUCCUGGAGGGAAUCAACCUUCUAGCGAUUUGUGAACUCAGCCUGAGUUCUGCUGCUCUAGCUCAGCCUGAUGAAGAUGAGCGGCGCAGAGGAAGAGGAUGAUGCAGAAUCCUUGGGACCCAGUUGUGUGACUUACCAGUCCAAGGAUCCACCUCUAGCCUUCAGAACCGAACCUGGACCCACAGACUCACAACAGAGCAAUGAGAAUACUAAUUGCGAAGAAGAGCAGCUGUCCUGCUGUUCUUUGUGUCAGAACGCCCUGAAGGAUCCAGUCUCUACCAGCUGUGGACACUGGUUCUGCAGGCAGUGCAUCACCUCGUACUGGGACCAGUCUGACCCAUCAAGACUCUGUUCCUGUCCAAAAUGUGUAGAAGGACCCAGAAGCAGAGCUGGACUGCAGACCAGUCAGAGAAGAACCAUCCAAACAGAUGUUGGUCUGCAGGAGCCUUUAGAUGAACAUCAGGUUAGUGUGAAGAGAAGAUAUGAAAAUACGACUGAAGGAACUGAUGAAACAGGAAAAGGAACUCCCCUCAACAGAAUCUACACUGAGCUCUACAUCACAGAGGGACUGAGAGAAGAAGUUAAUACCCACCAUGAGGUGAAGCAGCUGGAGAGAGUCUCCAAGAUCCUUCAUGAUGUUCCAAUCAGGUGCCAGGACAUCUUCAAAGCCCUAACUGACCAACAUGGAUCCAUCAGAGUGGUUCUGACCAUUGGCGUUGCUGGAAUUGGAAAAACCUUCUCAGUGCAGAAGUUCACUCUGGACUGGGCCGAGGGCUUGGAGAACCAAGACAUCAGUGCAGUGGUUCCUCUGUCAUUCAGGGAGAUGAACUUGAUCAGAGAUGAGCAGCACAGUCUUCUCACUCUCAUCCAACGUUUCCAUCCAACCUUCCAGAAGAUCCCAGCAGAGCAGCUGUCUGUCUGUAAACUUCUCUUCAUCUUUGAUGGUCUGGAUGAAAGCAGACUUUCUCUGGACUUCAACAACAGUCAGGUGGUGUCUGAUGUCACUCAGAAGUCAUCAAUCAAUGUUCUUCUGACAAACCUCAUCCAGGGACGUCUGCUUCCCUCAGCUCUGGUCUGGAUCACUUCCAGACCUGCAGCAGCCAAUCAGAUCCCUCCUUCAUGUGUCUCCAGGGUAACAGAAGUACGAGGCUUCACUGACUCCCAGAAGGAGGAGUACUUCAGGAGGAGAUUCAGUGAUGAAGAUCUGUCCAGCAGAAUCAUCUCCCACAUCAAGGCCUCCAAGAGUCUCUUCAUCAUGUGUGGAGUUCCUGUUUUCUGCUGGAUCACUGCUGUGGUUCUAGAGAACAUGCUGACCACAGAGAAAAGGAAAGAGCUGCCCACCACCAUGACUGACAUGUACUCCCACUUCCUGAUGGUCCAGACAAAGAGGAAGAAGAACAAAUACCAGCAGGAACAUGAGGAGAAUCCACAGGAGCUGACAGAGGCUGACAUGGAAGUUCUUCUGAAGCUGGGGAGGCUGGCAUUUGAACAUCUGGAGAAAGGAAACAUCAUGUUCUACCAAGAAGACCUGGAACAGUGUGGUCUGGAUGUCACAGAGGCUUCUUUGUAUUCAGGAGUUUGUACAAAGAUCUUCAGAAGAGAUUGUGGGAUCUUCCAGAAACCAGUCUACAGCUUUGUUCAUCUGAGUGUUCAGGAGUUUCUGGCUGCAGUUUACAUGAUCCACUGUUACUACAACAAUACAGUGGUGAUGAAAAGCUUCCUCGAGGAUCAAAUAAUCAAUUUACCGCUGGAUGAAUUUCUUCAUGAAGUUAUGACAAUAUCUGUGAGGAGCAAAACAGGCCACCUUGACCUUUUUGUUCGUUUUCUUCAUGGUCUCUCUGUAGAGUCCAACCAGAGACUCCUAGGAAACCUAUUGGGGUGGAUCAAGAAUAGUCCAGAAACCAUACAGAAGGCUAUCAACAACCUGAAAAAGAUGAACAGUGAAAAGAUGUGUCUUGACCGAACCAUUAACAUUUUCCACUGUCUGACAGAAAUGAGGGACCUCACGGUUCAUCAGGAGAUUCAAGAGUUCCUCAAGUCUGAAAAUAGGUCAAAGAAAGAGCUCUCAGUGAUCCACUGCACAGCUCUGGCCUACAUGCUGCAAAUGUCCAAAGAUGUUCUAGAGGAGUUAGACUUGAAGCAUUACAACACCAUUGAAGAGGGUCGAUGGAGACUUAUUGCAGCUGUGAACAACUGCAAACGGUUUCGGUUAAGUGGACUAAUGAAAUCUUCUGAAGAGGAUCCAAACAGACUUUCUGCCCGUGAACUCUCAGAGACGGAUUGUGAAGUUCUGGCCUUGGCACUGAAGUCGAACCCAUCCCAUCUGACAGAACUGGACCUGAGCUGGAACCAGAUACAGGACAUAGCUGCAAAAGCUUUGAGUUUUGGACUGAAGAGUCCAAACUGCAAGCUGGAGACUCUGAGGUUGAAAGGCUGCAGUUUGUCAGAGGCCAGCUGUGCUGUCCUGGGAUCAGCACUGAAGUCCAACCCGUCCCGUCUGACAGAACUGGACCUGAGCUACAACAUGGUCCAGGAUUCAGGACUGAAGCAUUUGUGUGGUUUUCUGGAGAGUCCAGAUUGCAAACUGGAGACUCUGAGGUUGAUGGACUGUAGGCUGUCUGAGAUCAGCUGUGAGGUUCUGGUUCUGGCUCUAAAGUCCAACCCAUCCCACCUGACAGAACUCAACUUGGGCAUGAACGAGCUGCAGGAUUCAGGAGUGAAGUCUCUGUGUGGUUUCCUUGGGAGUCCAGACUGCAGACUGAAGACACUGGGGUUAAGGAGAUGUGGUUUGUCAGAGAUCAGCUGUGAUCUUCUGGUCUCAGCUCUAGAGUCCAACCCAUCCCAUCUGACAGAACUGGACCUGGUAUACAACUACCUGCAGGAUUCAGAUGUUCAGAAGAUCCCUGCUCUGAGGAAGAGUCCAGACUCCAAAGUGGGGACUGUGAGAUGGCAGCCGCCUCUUCAAAAGCCAGGACCUGUGGAGGAUCCGUCUGAAUGGGUAUGAGUCGGCAGCAAUCAGCCAGCAUAGAUAUUCUGAGGAGGAGGCGACAUCACAGCUCCACCAUCAGACACAAGUCUUUGGUGUCAACGUCACAUGGACACUUAAACGUGGAGGCUGGUCCUUCAGCACCACUGUCCUGCUCAUUUUAAAUGUUUAACUGAUUAUUCUGCAGAGUCCUGGUGGUUUGGGUUGAGUCUUUGUAGCAGAGAAACACUUAAAACCUGCAGGGUUUGUGAGGACCAGGAUUAAGAAACACUGUUAAAGAGUUGAUGGAGAUCUAAUGCACUGUCAUAAAUGUUCCAUUUUGUUAAUGAAAUUGGUAAAAUGUAAACAUAUUUGUACAUAGGAUGUCAUAAGAGAUUUUAAUAUCAAACGAUUCACUUCUGCUUUUUAAUGUGAGCAAACCGUUUUAUUUUACUUAGUGUAUUUCCAUGACUCCAGAAGUCAUCAACGGUUGUAUGGAUCCUCAAAAACAAGGCUGUUCAUCCCCGAUCCUCAAGAUCUCCCACCCUACCUGUUUUUUCACUCACCCUGCACUGCUUGCUGCUGAUUACCUGGACCAGGUGUGUUCAUUCAAUCAGAGGGUAGAGAUAUCUGAUGGAGGUAAUUGAUCUGGAAAACCGUCAGGAUGGUCGGGCUUGAGGACCAGGAAUAAGCAGCCCUGCUCUAAAGGGAACAAAUGUCUUCCGCUUUUUUAAUGCAUCACAAACUGAACACUUUAGAUUAAAGUUAAAGGGACUACAGGUUAAUUUAUGAGGGACUAUUGUUUAUUCAUGAAAACAGAGGUUUUUGUAUCAAGUCUUCAUUAAAGUUUAUCUUCAUCAGUUUAUAAUCUUCUGGAACGAUCUUUUUCUGUUUGUUAUAAAAGCUUUGGGGAUUUUUGCUUUUGAGGUUUGUGCAAUAAAUUUCCAAAUGUGGGUUUUAAAGUUCUUUUUGAGCCAAAGACUGAUUUCAUGAGUUUAUAUCAUUUUUACAACAAAGUUGUCAUAGUCACUGUAAAUGCAUGAAAUGAAUAAAAAAAUCUUUUAAAACUCA